UUCAUGCAGAUGUGCAGGUGGAUUUGUACUUAGCAGACUGCAAAAUAUUGGGUAUUAUAAAUAAAAUGGUCACUGCCCCACUCUGGCGUGUAACCGAGGCACCAGGUCACAUACUUGAUAUGUGCAACAUCUAUUCAAAGAUGCACAUAUUCUUUAAGGAAAUUCUUGAUUCCGAUGAGAAACUUGUCAACUUUAUCAAAUGUCGCAGCACAUGUUUUGAUGAAAGUCUGAUUGUCAAAGAUGAAGUGUUUGAAUCUUUGUCAAGUGAAUGGCAAAAUGAUGACAUCACAUUAAGCAUGAUGCAACACACCCUCAUUGCACUGCAACAACUAACCAGUAGAGUAACUGCGGAUUAUUUGCCAGGCAGAAAAUACCACAAAAUGACAAGAUCUACAUCUUUCAAAACACAAACAGCCUCAGUACCAAAACACAACAUACUACCGGAGAGAAUAUUUGGAUAUCUAGAUCACUUGAUAAAGAAACGCCCGAAUGCAUCUGCAAUUGCCAAUGAAGCCCAGGUUAUGUCUGUAUUUAACAAAACGUCACAUUUUAUUUCAUCUCUUGGUCAGGAAAGGAUGGCGGAGAUGAUUAGCAGUGUAAUAGGUAAACCAACAAAAGAGUUGCGAGAAAAAGCAAAACAGAGAGAAAAACUUCGACAUGAAGCACUGGUAAAAAAGCAGCAGGAAAAACAAAAUCAACUUGAAAAGAGUCAAAAAUUGAAAUUGAAACGUAAAGAAGAGUUGACAAACGUAAUAAUUGAUGCCAGUCUUUGGCAGUCAAACCAGCAGGUUGAUGAUAAAAUGGAUCAGUGCGAAAGUGACAGAGAAAGGUACCAGGCCUGCAAGAAUCAAAUAAAAUUUAGAAGGGAAGUGCUGCAUCAAUAUUUGCCAGAUGACAAAAAAAUCAAAUUUUCGGACCAAGGUGCUAAAAAGGAUUGGACUGCCAUGCGUGACCACUUGUACAAGUUUAUUGAGGCGGCAUCAUCAGUUGCUUCCAGUAAAUAUGUAUGUUUACAUGUGUUUCCAUGGCAAUAUAUAAUUAAUACAAUUGUGAUUUUGAAAGACAAAUUACAUUCAUUUUGUUGUGUUAACCUCAAAAAAAUUGUUGACUAAAAAUCAAAGCCGUGAGGUUUUUUUGAAAAGUUACUUACAAUUCAAUUUGUUUACGUAUUUGUUUACACCAAUCUAUUUCUCCAUAAAAAAGUAAACAAAUAAAAUAGUCAUUAAUUAGUUUAUUUCUGGAGAUAUUGGUUUAAUUUCUUGACAGUAGGAACUAUAAGCUUGAUGCUUCCACCCCACUUUACAAAAAAUUGAUUUUUUUACAAAAUACUUAUAUUAAGUGGCACUAAAUAAACGUGUUUCUUUACUUUUGUUACCAUGGCAACAAAAUAUUUAUUAACGAUUUGAUUUCUUUAAAUCAUGUUAUGAAGCGGAGCGACUGUCCAUCAGCUACCCCCACUACAAAAAUAAAGUGCAUAUGUUUUUUGUCACAGAAAUAUUGAGUGUCAAAUUUGUUUACUGUUUUGUUUACAUGUUUAACACUUACCUAUUUGAUUCCAUUGUCUCCCAAAUAUUACCAUGGUGUCCAUUGACUUUUUAGACAAAGAAGUACGGAAACCUUCACUUUUUGUUUUGGCAUAACUUUUGAACCAGAUGUCCGAUUUUGAUGAUUCUUGCACCAUUCAACUUCUUUUGAAACAUGCUUUCAAAAUUUGUAGAGAGGGGAAGGUUUUCAACAAGAAGAAAAAAUCCAUUUCAGACCCUACUACUGGCAUAACUGGCGAAUGAACAGAACACUUACUUGUAAAUUAUUCAGGAUGUUGAUUGUGCUGUCUUUGGAAAUAAAUUUUGGAUAAUUUUGAACCUAUUUUAAACUACAUUUACGUGAUCAACUACAGCUUGGAGGCUGCCAUGGCCAUCAUGUUCAGAAAUAUGGAAUCAGGGAAAAACUUUUUUUGGCAUGAAGUGGAAACCAUGGAAACUGGCCUGUUCUUUUAAACCAGGCUCCCAUGUUAUUGAAUUUCUGUUCACAUCUGUAGCCCCCUCCCCCAAUGUUGUUGCCCCUUUCUUGAAGUUAGUAGGGUUUAAAAAUGUCAUAAAAAUGGCCAAUGAGUAUGGAAUGUUUUCCCAAGGGGCCCAUUUUUGGCAGGGAAGUAUACAAAGAGCCCUGUUUGUGGGUCUAGCCAGUGACAACAUAACUGAUUGAUGAAGUGUUAUACAUGUAGGUACACUAGUGGAGUUCCUAGUCCAAGUAACCAGAGGUAGGACUCUACAGAUUUCCUCUUUUAAUGUUUUGGACAUGAGGAGGUAACACACUUUUACUCAGUACAGUCUUGAUUCUUGUCAGGCUGUGUAAUUCAGAGUUGAUUUGCCUUUUUAUACAUGUGCAUUCAUGGGAUUUGCAACUCAUGAGGGAUUAUAUGUUCAACAAAUUCUCACAAGAGUUGAGAUUGCAUUGAACAGUUUCACAUAAAACAGCUCAUAAAUGUAGGCCUAAUAGGCCUACAAAGAGUUCCAUACAUGGACAUUACUUGACACCCUGUUUCCGAAGUGCGAAUGCUUUUAUACAUGUAUUUCCACUGCUGAAUUUGACUCUCUAAGAUGUUAUCACUUUGUGAUGGCUGAUACACUACAUGUACUUUUGAGAAAUAUCUCCUGUAGGAUUCUGUUGGAACUGUCAGUAGGUUCACUUACAUCUAUGUACAUGUGUGUUUUGGAAGAACAGGAAAAUUUCACAUUCAGUUGGGAACCCUCCUUUCAUUGAGCCAAAGGUGGCCAUCUUCUUGUAGCGAUGGAAACUGUAUGCUAAUGUUCAGGGAUGAUAUCGAUGAUGUCUGAUUGUCACAAUGGGCCAGCCAAGUGCACCAUUCAUAAAUUGGGCCUGCAUAGGGUGCGUGCACUGAUGGAGGACUCUAGGCCUUGAGGCCAAUUUUUGGGACUUGUGACUCAGCUGGGACUCUGGCCAGUUUUGACUCAGCAAUGCUCAAACUUGGCUAUUAGCUGACUCGGACUUGAGUCAAGUCUGUUCAAAACUAAAUAAAUUUUUAGAAAUUCGUUUUAAAAGCCUGUCAUACAUGUGUAUCUGUUGUCUGCACGUUUAUGGUUAAUUCUUUACCCAAAAUCUCUUUUAGACUAUACCUUAAGCUUGAUGAAAUUUCACUGAAACUUGAGGUAAAAAGUUUGCUUUAUCAAGGCAAUAAGAAGAAACAUUGGGAUACAUCUGUCACUGUCAGUCUUAUUUCUUGAUUUAUUGAUAAUUUCGGGCAGUUGCCUUUUCUUUUGUAAUUGCAGUUCUUGAAGAUUUAUUUAAAAGGAGAGGUACAUGUUAAGAUCGAGAUUUCACAUACUUGUACAAUGUAUGUAUAAGAUCGGCUGAAUGCAAUCUAAUUGUACUGAUUGACCGAUCACAGCCAGAUGAGUGUGAUCGCAGAUUGAAUUCUUGCUGAAGUUUCGCCCUACCAAAAAGCUUUAUUUAAUAGACCUAUAAUGUAUGCGCCUUUCAUGUUCAAAAUCCAGUCUCCCAAAAAGUUUUAUGGAUACCGUAGUUCAAUUCAGUUUUUGUGAUUCAUGGCCAUGGAAGAAUUCUUUUAAAGGGAAAUAGUCGAAUUCGAAUAAGGUCUGAAAUCCAUCUUGUAAAUGCAUGUACGUAUUCACAAUUACAAUUAAAGCAUGAAACUAGAAAGAGAUUUGUUGUAAAAUUUCUACUGCUGCCAAAAUACUCAUUGCGCAUAUUCAGUUCCCUUGCCAGUGCAAUAGCAAACACAUAUCUGGACUGUGAACCGGUCACAUAUCCAUUGCCUUAGCUACUUAAGGUCAGUGGUGUGCGGCAUAGGGAGAAGUACAACUCGGACUCAGAUAAGUCGAACAGAGUACUGGUAGUAUGGUAUUAGGCAAACCAAACUAACCCAAACUUGAGACCCAAACUCAACUGUGAAAAUGCGUAUUUUAUUUAUUUGGCAGUGGUAUACAGUUUGUGCCAGGAUCUCAAGAGGAAGGGUUGUACAUGUAUGUGGGGGUAAUGACUAGGCCAGCCAUGUUUCAUUUGAAAAGGGGGAUUGCACUACAUGGACAUGACACUAGGGGGCAGUCUUCGUGAUGCAGAUGGGAGAGGGGAGCACAAUCACAAUAUUAUAGUCAUAAUGUACAUU